UAAACCAAAUCCCUUUUUAGUGGCUUUCUUCAAAUUCUCUCUCUUUCUCCCAACACUUGCUCUCUCUUUCUUUCUACACACACAGGUCGACAUCAUGGGAAAUUUUGCUGCCAAUGAAGGACUAUCAAUUUUUGUCAUUCUGGUAUGGCUCGGCAUCAAUACGUUUCUCUUUGUGCAUUUUUACAUGGCAUUUUUGAUUGAUAGAUACUACUACACUAGAGUUAUCCUUGGGCAUGCUCUCUCGUGGGCCAGAGCUCCAGCUGCAUGUCUCAAUUUGAACUGCAUGCUGAUCCUGCUGCCGGUCUGCAGAAACCUUCUCUCAUUCCUGCGAGGAUCCAUACAGUACUGUAGCCGCACUGCAGCUCGUCAGCUGGACAGAAACAUUACUUUCCACAAACUUGUGGCCUACAUGAUUGCUUUCCACACAGCGAUUCACAUCAUAGCUCACCUGUUUAACUUUGAGAGAUUCAUGGAUUCCCAGCUUAUGGUCAACGACAGGCACCUGCCAUAUGUGCUCUCUCAGAUUGGUAACGGUGACAACAGAUCCUACCUGAACCCCAUCAGAACCAAUGAGACGAACCCAACGAUAGUGAUGUUCACGACGAUAGCAGGACUGACGGGGGUGGUCAUCACCCUCGCUCUCAUCCUCAUCAUCACCUCCUCUAUGGAAGUCAUCAGAAGGUCCUACUUUGAGGUUUUUUGGUUCACUCACCACCUGUUCAUCGUCUUUUUCAUUGGUUUGGUGCUGCAUGGAGUUGGGCGUAUUGUGCGAGGCCAGACACUUGAGAGUUUGAACGUGCACGACCCAAUAAAAUGCCAGAGCCACUUUGAUACCUGGGGUCAAAAUGGCACCAACUGUCCUGAACCGGUCUUUGCUGGGAACCCUCCAAUGACAUGGAAGUGGGUGGUCGGUCCCAUGUUUCUGUACGUUUGCGAGAGACUGGUGCGAUUAUACCGCUCACAGCAGAAAGUGGUCAUUACCAAGGUAGUCACGCACCCUUCCAAGACUCUUGAGCUGCAGAUGAAGAAGAAGGGCUUUAAAAUGGAGGUCGGUCAGUAUGUGUUCAUCCAGUGCACGUCUAUCUCUCAGUUAGAGUGGCAUCCCUUCACCCUGACCUCUGCCCCCGAGGAAGACCACUUUAGCGUGCACAUCCGUAUCGUAGGAGAUUGGACGCAAGCUCUUUACAAGGUCUGUGGAGGUGACAAGACUAUGGUGCUGGAUGCGUGGACGCUUCCAAAGAUGGCGGUGGAUGGGCCGUUCGGGACGGCCAGUGAAGAUGUCUUUCGUUAUGAGGUUGUGAUGCUGGUCGGAGCCGGUAUUGGAGUGACACCUUUUGCUUCUGUUCUGAAGUCUGUGUGGUACAAACACGUCCAAGAGAACAAAAACAUCUUCACUAAAAAGAUCUAUUUCUACUGGCUGUGUCCCGAGACUCAGGCGUUCGAGUGGUUUGCUGACCUGCUGCAGAGUUUGGAAAGAGAGAUGACAGAGAAAGACAUGAGCGAUUUCCUCAGUUACAACAUCUAUCUUACGCGCUGGAAAGAUACUGAUGCUGCCCACAUCAGAGUUCAAUACGAGGCAGAGAACGACCCCAUCACUGGGCUAAAGCAGAAGACUCGAUACGGCAAACCCAACUGGGACAAUGAAUUUAGUGCCAUUGCUACCCAACACCCAGGUUCUAAAGUUGGCGUGUUUCUAUGUGGUCCAACUGCACUGGCUAAAGCUCUGGGGAAGCAGUGCUUCACACACACCGAGUAUGGAACUGAAUUUAUAUUCAACAAAGAAAACUUCUGAUCAAGUUUCGACAGCUCACGAAUAUCAGAAUUAAUUUCAUUUCCACCCCAGACUGAUCACUGUACCCUGCCCGAUCCCCCCUGUGAAAAACUCCUGACAUCACACCUGGAAGUUAAAUAUAGCUUUUUGAAAUGUAUAGUUGAGUAACACGAUGAGGAAUCAAAGACUUCUGAUAUCUUAUUGUCUAAAUAUUUUUUUCAAUGUCAUCAAUGUACUAAAACCAGUUUGCACUGGUUUAAUUUCAGACAUUAAUGGAGGGAAAUAAACCUGUUUAAGUUCCCUGAUAUAAUGUUCAACAUGUAUUAUGAUGUGUUCUGUUUGUCAAUUUCCCCUAAUAUUGUAUGGGGAGUUUUUAAAGUAAAGGAUUGCUGUUAGAGCUUUAAUACACUUUCAGAUAUGUACAUUUGGCUUUAAUUGUUGCGUGUAAAUCCUCAAAAGACUAAACCACCCUGAUACAUUUACUUAACACUGACUUAUUAAAUUCAAACCAGACAGCUUUAAUAAUUAAGCAACGACAUAUCCCCAAAAAAAAAAUAAAUAAAUAAAAAAAACUCUUUGGCUCAACUUGAUUUAGUCACGGACAGUGGUUCCACAUAUUUUGAACUGAAUUUUCUUAAAUUAAAAAUACCAUGUAAUUUAAAUUUAAAUACUUCAAGUAGAGGAACCCUAACUGAAUCAAGUAAACCCAACAAAUAGUCAAAAUAACCCAAAUGAAACUCAUUUAGAAAUAUGUUAGCUAGUAAGAGGAAAUGUAAGCAUGCUUAAUACAUGCUGGUGGCAGUAGCGUAGCCAAGGGUGGGCCUGGAUCCACCCAAAUUAGACCCAGGCCCACCCAGAAUAUUGAAGAUUAUUCAUUGAAUUCAAAUAUUUAUUUAUAAAACAGUUUAAAAAAAAAUGCAUAAAUUCUAAUUUGUGAAAGUACUGUUUGAACGCAUAGCCUCUGUUGUUGAGGAAAAUUUGGCCCAUACAUUUUUAUUAAGACCCACCCAAAAGUAAUUUCUUGGCUAUGCCCUUGGGAUCACUAUGCGAUGGUUUGAACAGCAACUGCUCAAUGGAUAAAGCAUAAUGUAUACUUAAAUUGUAUUGGUCCUCAACCUAGGCUCAAACUCCACUCUUCACCGUGAUGGUAACCCCCAAAACUACAACAUAACAGAAAUUCUUCGGGUUUCCCCUUUAUAUUCAUCUUGCACAAAGAGAC